CCUUCUCAGGUGCCAGGGGCGGGGAACUGCCGCGCAUCAAAAUGGCGCCGGCAGAGCCCCCGCCUUCCCGCCGGCGGAAGCGAGAGUGACGGCAGCGCCGGCGACGGGAAGAUGGCUGCGCCCAGCCUGCUGCGAGGGGGGUUGAGGCGGUUGUUCACCGGGCUCUUCGGAAACGCUUGGGCCUCGCCGCCGGUCCGAACCCUCCGGGAGGUCGUGGAGGUGACCAAAGGCAACACGACCAUAAUUGAAGGGAGAAUUAUAGAGGAUGCUGAGACACCAACUCCUCCAAACCCCUCUGGCCAGUGUCCUAUCUGUCGCUGGAACCUGAAGCAUAAGUACGAUUACGUGGAUGUCUUGCUGCUGAGUCAGUUUAUCCGUUCUGAUGGAGGGAUGCUGCCACGAAGGAUCACAGGGCUCUGUUUGGAGGAGCAUAAGAAGAUUGCUGUCUGUGUGCAGAUGGCUCACCGUGCAGGUUUGUUGCCAAACCACAGGCCUCCACUUCCUGAAGGGCAUAUUCCCAAGAAGCCCAAGCUCAACAGGUAUCUGACGCGCUGGUCUGUCAAAUCUGCAAAGCCCAUCUGGAGGAGAGGCCCUAAGUGGUGCAAAAAACCCUUGCCAGUCGGACACCCUUUGCUGAAGGAUAAUGUCAAAUAUACACACAAGCUUCUCUGUUUCAACCACUAGUGGCCAAAACUGGCAUACUCACUAAGCUGUUUUCCACUGUUCUGAGUUUUUUUGCAAGUUUGUCAGUAUCUCAACUUUUCUUAUCGCAAAACUGUCAUUUUCUCCAGUGAAUGCAAUCUGCUCUUCUAGGAGAAUAUAAGAUUCAGCAAAGUAAAGUUCUGUGUGCAGAAUGAUUUGGAGAAAGCAGGAGGCAAAGACUUUUACCUCAAAGCCAGAAAAAAUCUGAAGGUUUUUGUUCCAUGGUCCACAACUGGGUACUUCAUGUAUUUCAACGUGUAUUUCAACUCAGAUUUGCCUUCUUGGCAGUAACAGAAAUAGUUAAUGCCUACUGAAAUUAAAUUUUUUUUGCAAUCUGUACUAUCCAUAAUUUGCAGCAGAACACCUGUGGCAGUGGCAGACAGGUGUGUGUGUGUGUCUUACAUGUCCCUGUAAGGAUUCCUGGCUUGUGCUUCACUCCUGGAUCCAGCAAAUACAGAAUGUUGACAUCCUUGA